CACGCUUGUUCUUCCCUCUCCUACCACUCCACUCCCUCCCUACCCUCUACUUCCUUUCAAACACAUUUCUUCUUCAAAAUGGCUCCUCUGAAGGUCGGAAUCAUCGGUGUCGGUCGCAUCGGCCGCUGCCACUGCGCUUCCGUGGCGUCCGUCCCCACCAAGGCCACCGUGAGCAUGAUCUGCGACAUCUACCAGCCCGCCCUCGACGAGGUCUCGGCGAUCUUCCACGUGCCCAAGACCACCAACGACCCCAUCGAGCUCAUCAACGACCCCGACGUGGAGGCUGUAGUGAUCUGCUCUCCCACCGACCAGCACGCGGGCCAGAUCAUGGCCGCCGCUAAGGCUGGCAAGAUGAUCUUCUGCGAGAAGCCCAUCUCCCUCAGCCUCGAGAUCAUCGACGAGGUUGCGGCCGUCGUGAAGGAAGCGGGCGUGAUGUGCUUCGUGGCGUUCCAGAGACGCUUCGACGCGAACUUCAUGCGCCUCAAGGAGGCCGUCACUGGCGGGGAGGUGGGGGACGUGCACAUGAUGCACAUCGUUUCCCGGGACCCCUCGCCGCCGCCGGUGAACUACAUCAAGGCGUCCGGAGGUCUGCACAACGAUAUGGCUGUGCACGACUUCGACAUGGCUCGUUUCCUCGCCGGGUCCGAAGUCGCCGAGGUGUACUGCAAGGGCAGCUGCAAGGUCGACCCCGCCAUCGGCGAGGCCGGCGACAUCGACACCAGCCUGGCCAUGCUCACCUUCGAGAACGGGGUGGUGGCCACCGUGGACAACAGCCGAAAGGCCACGUACGGAUACGACCAGCGGGUGGAGGUCUUCGGCUCCAAGGGCAUGAUCCAGAGCAACAACAAGCACGCCAACACCUGCGUGGUGUCGAACGACGAGUCGGUCUCCACCUGCAAGGCCAUGGCGUUCUUCAUGGACAGGUACGCUGACGCUUACCGCAACGAGAUGGUGGCGUUCGUGGACUGCGCCCACGAGGGCAAGGCUACGCCCGUCGGGGUGGAGGACGGAAGGGCUGCGUACCUCAUCGGAAAGGCGGCCAAGCAGUCCAUGGAGACCGGCCUGCCCGUCAAGGUAGCAGACAUGUCGUGAACCGACGCGGGUGGAAGGCCUCGAAGCAUGCUUUGACGAGCCAAAUUGAGCACCGCCAGAGAGGGGGCACAACGGAUGGUGUCGGGAGGGGUGUGUCGGGGCAUCCGCGGUGUUCUUGACGCGCCGGUGUCCACAAAAUGCUUGCACGAAUCGCGUGUUGUGACGCCUGCUGGUGCGUGCGGUCGCCUUGGCACAAACUUUUUUGUUUAUUUGUUAUUUUUUCCCCACCGGGAGCGGAUCUGCAUAGAACACAGCCGUUCAGAUCCUCUCGCUCCCCCGUUGGCUGGCGCUCCUUUUUUCUUGUCCACACGUCCACACGUGGCUGAGGUUCGAGCUCCGAGGAAAGGCUGUCGGUAAGGCAGCCGCCGAGGGUCUGCAUCAUCCCGGAAGCACACACUUCUCAGUCGACGUUCACGUCCGUCGCAUGUUGCUUGAACGCGUUACUGCCAUUUUCUGAGUGCCGGUUGCGUCGCCCCGAUUAGUGCCGGGAAAGUUUUUGAAGAAGGGGCUGUUGUUGCGGCUGACUCUCCUUCGAUACGAGUGAGGGCUAUAAUAGUAGGAGAGAGAGAUGUAUCUCCGAGAGAAUGCCGCCCGCAGCAUCUCUCGAUACGGCAACACCGCCGCCGCAACCACCGCCAGACUUGACGACGAACACCUUCGUCCCGCGGUGUUCAACACAGCCCAGCCAGAGUCACGAGUUCGGAAGCCCCCGUCAGGCGGUCUGAAGUUAUGGUCUCAAGGCUAAGUAGAAAGGAAACACUUGAAUGGU